UGAGCUUCCUCGGUACUUAGCUAGUUCUUGCCUCCUAUUCCACAGUUCAGCUGAGCUCCAAGGAGCAAGCAAAGGAAUAGCCUUCCUGCCUCGACACAAGAGGAAAUGGAGAUGGAGGUCGGCUCCCCGGCUGCCACCGGCGCAGCCCCCAUCAACUUCGCGCUGCCGGUGGACUCUGAGCACAAGGCCAAGUCCAUCAAGAUCUUCUCCUUCGGCAACCCACACAUGCGCGCCUUCCAUCUCGGAUGGAUGUCCUUCUUCACAUGUGUCGUCUCCACCUUCGCCGCCGCGCCGCUCAUCCCCAUCAUCCGCGACAACCUCAACCUCACCAAGGCCGACAUCGGCAACGCCGGGGUCGCCUCCGUCUCCGGCGCCAUCUUCUCAAGGCUAGCCAUGGGCGCCAUCUGCGACCUUCUCGGCCCGCGUUAUGGUUGUGCCUUCCUCGUCAUGCUCUCCGCACCAGCGGUGUUCUGCAUGUCAGUCAUCGAUGGUCCCGGAGGAUACAUCACUAUCCGCUUCCUCAUUGGUGUCUCUCUUGCCACCUUUGUGUCAUGUCAGUACUGGAUUAGUACCAUGUUCAAUAGCAAGAUCAUUGGGACGGUCGGCGGCUUGACGGCGGGGUGGGGUGACAUGGGUGGCGGUGCCACACAGCUCAUCAUGCCUCUCGUCUUCGACGGCAUCCUGGCAUGUGGUGCAACGCGUUUCACAGCGUGGCGCCUCGCAUAUUUCGUGCCAGGAAUGAUGUUGGUGGUGAUGGGCUUGCUUGUCCUCACCAUGGGGCAAGACCUUCCCGACGGCAACCUGGGGAGCCUCCAGAAAAAUGGUGACAUGAACAAAGACAAGUUCUCCAAGGUUCUCCGGGGCGCCGUCACCAACUACCGCACGUGGAUCUUUGUCUUCAUCUAUGGCUACUGCAUGGGCGUCGAGCUCACCACCAACAACGUGAUCGCUGAGUACUACUAUGACAGCUUCCACCUCGACCUCCGUGCCGCCGGCACCAUCGCUGCUAGCUUCGGCUUGGCCAAUAUCUUUGCACGGCCGAUGGGAGGAUACCUCUCCGACCUUGGCGCCUGCUACUUCGGCAUGCGUGCCCGUCUUUGGAACGUCUGGAUCCUCCAGACAGCCGGUGGAGUCUUCUGCAUUUGUCUCGGCCGUGCAUCCAGUCUCCCCAUCUCCGUCACAUUCAUGGUCCUCUACUCCAUAAGCGUCGAGGCUGCAUGCGGUGCCGUCUACGGUGUCAUCCCUUUCAUCUCCCGACGCUCGCUCGGCCUCAUCUCUGGCAUGAGCGGUGCAGGUGGGAAUGUCGGUGGCGGGCUCACACAGUUUCUAUUCUUCACGUCAUCGCAGUACACCACCGGCAAAGGACUACAAUACAUGGGCAUCAUGAUCAUUGUGUGCACGCUUCCUGUCACACUCGUUCACUUCCCGCAGUGGGGCUCCAUGCUCCUUCCUCCCAGGGCCGAUGCCACCGAGGAGGACUACUACGGUGCCGAGUGGACAGAGGAGGAGAAGAGCAAGGGCCUCCACCUCGCCGGAGUCAAGUUCGCCGAGAACAGCGUCUCUGAGCGCGGAAAACGCAAUGCCAUCCUCGCCGUGCCUUCCAGCCCACCAAACAACACGCCGCAGCACGUAUAAGACUUGUAUUAUUUUACCGCAGUGUAUACCUCUUGAGUAUACACACACACCGUGUAUAUACGGACGUACAUGCCUCCCUGGGAUCGAGGCGGUGCAUCCCAUUAGGACGGUCUGGUUUUCCACACCGCGUGACUUUUUGGGCGCUUAUCAAAAAUCCCAUCAGAGGAGGCCUUAGUCUAUAAUAUGGGCUUGUAGUAUGUUUUAGGACAAGAGAUAUUUGUGUGAACAUGCAUCAUUCUCACACCACUGUGUCUCCUUAAUCCUUGUUGUACAAUUGUACUUCUACUUGUAGUUUGAUUCA